CGAGGUAUCCUGCAAACAUCAUUUCGACUGUUGCCAGCUUGACGAACGCAAGUGUCUUGUAGAACGUGUGCAAACGAGUGUAAAAAUGGUACUUCUUCAUGUAAAACGUGGUGAUGAAAGCCAAUUUUUGUACGAAACAACCACCGGUAUUGGAAUUGAGCAACUUGCCUUCGAACUGGUAACGAUCUACAACGGUCGCCUGAAAGUUAGCCGGGUUUGCUCUGAAAUUGAAGAGCUUGCCAAGCAUGGCACGAUGUUACCACCCGAUAUGCUUGGUCUGACCGAUGAGCAGAUCGAGGAGUUACAUCUGGUCGACGAAUGGGCCGACAAGUGUAUACCGUCGGGUGGGUGGCACUUCAACCGUGAUCCCGUCGGGCGCCGUAAUGGCCGACAACCGCAGCCAAAGAUGGGAGACGUACUAGCGAAAGCGAUCGAAGAUGCAAAAGCUAUGAUAUCGAAGAAACUGACCAACGAGAACAAGCCGCUAACGCAGCGUAUUGUGCAGGACGCGCUUGACUUGCUGCGGGGAGCCGUCACUAUUGUGUAUCCGAUGCAGCUGCCACCGCACGAUCCCAUUCGGAUGGAGUUUAGCAAUACGGAAGAUUUAAGCGGCACUCAGGCUUCUCUGGAAGUGAUCGAACCAUCGAAAGUUCAGCUGUGGUUCGCAGGGAAACUGAUGCACGUUGACAAGCGGUUGGGAGAAAUUGUUGGCGCGAACGAGAAAACUAAGAUCAUUGUAAAGCUGGCCAAGCUGAACGAAGGUGCACCGGGCCGUGAACCGGUCAUUACGGAAGAUGCGAAAAGGCAGAUGAUGCUACACGCCUAUCGCCGGCAGGAGGAAUUGAAGAAACUUGAGCAAGACGAUGACGACCAGUAUCUCGACUCCGCCUGGUCGAUAGCCGCAGUCUGAAACGUCAAGUGCAUGGUCUGGAGGACGUUAAGUUUAAAUUUACGAAGUAAGAGUCUGCUUAUCUUAUGAUUGUUGACGCGGCCCUGGCGCGCGGAACUCCACUGCUAGAAGGAUGGCGCUGGGUGCGCCUUUUCGACACCGACCUCUGCAAGGCUGGCAAAGGGACUGCAAGCGAAACAACCAACCUUUCACUAAUACCCACAAAUACACACGCAAAUACACACGCAAAUACAGCUGCUAGCUACGGGCCAUGGAAAAAGGGAGCAGUGCGACAACCAAUUAGGAGCGGCGAGGCGAUGGAUGCUAAACCUGCACACAAACUGCACCGAACGCCGUGGUGG